AUGGAUCUAAAUGGAGAUGGUGUGAUCGGCUCUAACCAUAGAGGUGGCCUAGUUGAUAAAUUGGAAAGAGCUACUCAUGUGGAUAUUAAUGGUGAUGGACGUAUUGGUCGACCACCUCCUUAUGCUUCAAAUUACAAUCAACAUGGCAACAAUGCUUUGAUAGAUGAAUUGGAAAGAGCCACCAAUACAGAUCUCAAUCAUGAUGGACGUAUCGGUGGUUCCUCAUAUCCUCCACCUCCUCGUUCUUAUAAUGGACCUGGUUAUACUCCAAAUUUUAAUCAAUCUGCCAAUGAUGGUAUGAUAAAUGAAUUGGAAAAAGCUACAAACAUAGAUAUCAAUCACGAUGGACGUAUUGGUGGUGGCCCAUCAAACUAUCCUCCUCCAAAUUUUCAACCAUUCGGUGGUCCUUCAUAUCCACCGCCUCCUAAUUCUUAUAAUGGUCCUGGUUAUCCUCCGAAUUUUAACCAAACAGGCAAUAGUGGUUUGAUAAAUGAACUGGAAAAAGCUACGAACAUAGAUAUCAAUCAUGAUGGACGCAUCGGCGGUGGUCCAUCAAACUAUCCUCCUCCAAAUUCUCAGCCAUUUGGUGGUCCAUCAUAUCCUCCACCACCUAAUUCUUAUAAUGGUCCUGGAUAUCCUCCAAAUUUUAACCAAUCUGGUAACGAUAGUAUGAUAAAUGAACUGGAAAAAGCUACAAAUAUAGAUCUUAAUCAUGAUGGACGCAUCGGCGGUGGUCCAUCAAACUAUCCUCCUCCAAAUUUUCAACCAUUCGGUGGUCCUUCAUAUCCUCCACCACCUAAUUCCUUUAAUGGUCCUGGUUAUCCUCAAAAUUUCAAUCAGUCUGGCAAUAACAGUAUGAUAAAUGAAUUGGAAAAGGCUACGAACAUAGAUCUCAAUCAUGAUGGACGCAUUGGUGGUGGUCCUUCAUAUCCACCACCACCUAAUUCCUAUAACGGACCUGGUUAUCCUCCGAAUUUUAACCAAUCCGGUAAUAAUAGUAUGAUAAAUGAACUCGAAAAGGCUACAAACAUAGAUCUUAAUCACGAUGGACGCAUCGGUGGCGGUCCAUCAAACUAUCCUCCUCCAAACUUUCAACCAUUUGGUGGUCCUUCAUAUCCACCACCACCUAAUUCCUUUAAUGGUCCUGGUUAUCCUCCAAAUUUUAAUCAAACUGGUAAUAGUGGUUUGAUAAAUGAACUGGAAAAGGCUACAAAUAUAGAUCUCAAUCACGAUGGACGCAUCGGUGGUCCACCUAAUCAAUAUCCAUAUAGCAAUCCUUAUGGUUAUUAG